AUGUCAACCGCGAAAGAUAUCAAGAACUCCGAAACCGCAGACUUGUCGAAAGUUGAAUCCCGUAACCACGGCGCAAUAGUGGAAGAGAAUGAGCUGCUGCGCGAGUUCAAACCUCGCCAUGUCUUGAUGUUCUCGGUAGCCUGUGCUAUUGGGACGGGCCUUGUUAUCGGAUCUGGCACCGCUCUGGCCAACGGGGGACCGGGGAGUCUGCUGGUGUCCUACAUCCUGGUUGGGAUAGCGGUUUUCUUUGUGCUGGCCAGUCUGAGCGAGAUGGCAGCCUACCUCCCCAUGAAUAAGGGCUUUGCUGGUUAUGCUACCCGUAUGGUCGAUCCUGCUUUCGGGUUUUCUACCGGGUGGAAUUACUUUUUCAAGUACUUGAUUGCCACCCCAACAAACCUUACUGCUGCAGGCCUGGUCAUGCAAUACUGGAGACCGGACCUCAACGUCGGCAUCUGGAUCGCAGUGUUCGGGGUAGCUAUCAUCACUAUUAAUUUCCUCCCGGUCAAGAACUUUGGUGAAACGGAGUUUUGGCUGGGUCUGGUCAAAGUUCUCAUUAUGACAAUCCUGAUCCUGGUAUGUUUCAUUAUCGCUCUAGGCGGUGGCCCGAACCACCACCGGUCUGGCUUUGCAUAUUGGAAGAAUCCAGGUGCCUUCAGGGAGUAUCUUGCCGAGGGCCCCAAGGGCCGCUUCCUGGGUUGGUGGGCGUGUAUGUGUCAGGCCUGCUUCGCAUACACUGGAACCGAGGUCGUCGGGAUCACUUUCGGCGAGACGCCUAACCCCAAGAAGACUAUCCCUCGCGCUGUGAAACACACGUUCUGGCGGAUUGCUUCCUUCUAUGUCAUCGGAGUCCUGGUCUUGGGUAUGGCGGUGCCAAGCAACGAUGCCCGGCUUUUGGGGGCGAACAAGCAGUCGACCAGCGCCGCUGCGUCUCCAUUCGUGGUGGCAAUCAAUAUCGCGAAGAUGUCCGUCUUGCCAGAUAUUGUCAAUGCCUCACUCCUUGUGUUCACACUCAGCGCUUCAAGCUCGGAUAUCUACUGUGCCUCUCGCGCUCUCUAUGGUCUGGCCAAAGACGGCCAAGCCCCACGCAUCUUCUCCAAGACUGCCACGAGUGGUAGCCCUGUUUUCGCUGUGGGUGUCGCGGCGCUCUUCGUCGGGCUGGGCUUCAUGAACGCCAGCAAAUCCGCCGCAAUUGUGUUUGAUUAUUUCGUGAGCUUGGUGACGGUCUUUGCCGUGCUCAAUUGGGUCGCUAUUCUUGUUUCAUAUUUGCAUUUCCGCCGUGCCCUGAGGGCGCAAGGUGUGCCGUUGAGCUCGCUCCCGUAUGUCGGUAUCCUGCAGCCUUUCGGAGCCUACUAUGCCCUGUUUAUAUCGUUCCUUGUAAUUGUUUUCAAUGGUGAGUCGAUCCAAAGCCCCGGAACAAACUUGCAUCAGGGGAGUUUUAUUGACCCUAGGAAUAAAGGGUAUGAUGCUUUUGUCCCCCACUUCACGGUCUCGACGUUUAUCCUCAAGUACGUGGGGACGGUGUUGUUUGCCCUUAAUGCAGGAUUGUGGAAGGUCUUUCGGGGGACGCGGUAUCAUAAGCCGAAGGAAGUAGAUCUUGUUAGUGGAUGGCGGAUGUUUGAGGAUUUGUGA